AUGUCUGUGCUCAAUAGCUUCCAACUCCUACCUGCUAUUGAAAUCGGCAACGAAAAGGCGGGAUUGCAGCAUAUCCUAGACAAACAUGGCAAGGAAUUUGAAAGGCUCGGAGAGGAGAAGGAGACAAAAUUAAUGGAACUUGCUGAGACCUCAACCUCAAUUGGCCUGCGUAUGUGCGCACAGAAGUCUCGUCCAAUAUUUGGCCUGUUCUUCCACGGCAAUCUAUUGGCAGUGGCCAUCCAAGCUGGAGACAAUGGCUUUGUGGUGUCUAUGAACACGAAGAGCUUCGACAGGAUGAAGGAUGAAGUAGCAAAACACGGCGGCACGGAGCAGCUUGAAAAGCUGCUUCGUGAACUCCACAGCUGGCCAAUUUACUGA